AUGGUCAAAUCAACCAGCAAAGACCUCCGCGUCGUCAUCGUGGGCGGUGGAUUUGCCGGCCUUACCGCAGCCAUUGAGUGCAAGCUACGCGGCAUGCACCCGAUCCUGGUUGAGGCCUACCCGGGCGCCAGCUCGCACGGCGAUCUACUCGACUUUGUGCGCAACGCCGGCCGGGUGUUCGAAAGCUGGGAUAACGGCAACGUCGGCCGCAGACUCAUGGCAGCAGGAGUGAAUGCUGCCAAGUAUCUCGAGUUUUAUAACGCCGAAAAUGUCCUGCUGCGGAGGGACCCCUGGCCGCAGGCAGCGGACAAGGACUGCGUCUACGCCGGCCACCGCGGAGAGAUGCACAGGAUUAUCUACGAGUACGCUAUUGAGAUUGGCGUGGAUAUGCAGUUCAACAAGCGCGUUGAGAAGUAUCUUGACUCGGAAACCGAGAGAGGUGUCUUGAUUUUUGGAGGCGAGAAGAUCCUCGGUGAUGUUGUUCUGGCCUGUGAUGGUCCCCGGUCCUUGGCUCGCUCUCAACUCCUUCAUCUGCCCGAGUCCACGGUCAACAGUGGUUAUGCCAUCUUUCGAGCCUUCUUCAAUAUUACUGAUGAGAUGCGUCAGCUUCCUGAGUUCUCUGAGAUGAUUAAAGAGGGUGAAGACAGCGUUAGGUUCUGGGUUGGCCGCGACAUGCAUGGGUUCAUCUACACAUGGAAGAACGGAAGGGACUGUGCCUGGGUUUUGACACAUCUUGACGAUGCAAAUAUCGCCGAGACGUGGUCCUUCCCUGGAAAGAAAGAGGACGUUGCUAAAUAUCUCAAAGAUGCCGGGUUCCCUAUAAUCUGGCACCAAGCCCUCGAGGCCACACCAGCUGACCGAAUUAUCGAUUAUAAGCUGGUCUGGCGGGAUGCCAUCCCGACAUGGCUGUCCGAUUCCAAGAAAUGUGCUGUAAUGGGCGAUGCAGCGCAUUGUCAUCUCCCAACAUCUGCCCAGGGAGCCUGUCAAGCAGUUGAAGAUGCGGUCACUGCCGCUAUCUGUCUGCAAAAGUGCAACGGGAAUGUGGCAGAGGGCUUACAGGUAUUCGAGCGGAUCCGAUUCAACCGGUCGCAUGUAAUCCACCAAGCGUCCAUUUUGACGCGCAAUAUUUAUCAUAAGAACGACUGGACACCGGAGCUGGUACGCGAAUACCCUGAUUCUCUAAUCAUUCCAUUCUACCCCUGGGUUACCGAUUUCGACGUCUUCGCCAAUGCGGAGGAACACUUCAACCACUUGCUACAGGAUGUCAGAAGCGCGAAACCUGGUACCAUCCAAGAGCUCGCGCUGCCCGCUGGGGGAGAUUACGAUGGAAUGUUGUUGGAGAAGAGAGUCCCAGAAGAGAGAUUAGAUGAGUUGGCGCCUUCUAAUGCGGUACAGGUUCAGUCGUGA